AUGGAGGGCAGGCGCGCUGCCGGCAUCCACGAGACCAACAGGCUACGCGAGGAACGUCCCUGUGAGGCUGCGGCUACGACAGCGUAUGAGCGCCAAGGCAACAUGAAGGGGAGGAAGCCAGAUUUACGGGCUCACAUAAGGGAUUUAGCUCGGGGACGCGUGACAACAGCCGUGGUGAACGAACGAGUGACCGAGCAAGAUACACAAGACGCCAGCUGCGGCGAAGAAGACAGCGUGCUCAAGCGUAGCUCGUGGGCUUUAGAUGGGCUGCUGAACUGCCUGUGUGGUAACUGGCUAUGGUCCUUCGGAUGGCAGACAACGGCACAGAUACGCCGACUGCAGACUGCAGUCGAUGAGGCCGACUGCAGGGGGAAGCGAGGCAAGGCCAAAGGGGCGGCGCCGCCCGCCGCAACCGCGACUGCCGGAGCUGGAGGGUUCCCGGGCUGCCUCCGCCUGAUGCCGCCCCUCCAAGGUCGCUACCAUCACAGGUUCGGUCUGUCUGCCCCCUUCUAG